AUGGCUUCCAUACCAAAGCUCUCGAGUCUUUUCACGUGGGCCCUAUACUUCGUGCCGAUCUACAUUUUCGCCCUCGACCCCCUACUCCGCCCAUUCUUCCCUGCUCUCCCCUCCAAGUCCCUACAAGACCGCGAUAUAUACAAUGACUGGGAUCUUGCAGAUCUACCGCCUGCGCUGAACACUACAGAUGACACGUUCAUCAGUCCCGAAGAUGGCGUGCCGUUCAAUUGCCCUGGUGUUCCCGCUGGAUACCAUGUACACCUCCUAUCGCGCGCACCGCUCAUUAUAUAUCUGGAGAACUUCGUGAGCGACCAAGAAGUAAAACAUAUACUAGACGUCAGUCUCACUAAGUACACCCCGUCUAUCGUGUACGACGGGGUCACCGAACGAAUCGAUUCAGACGUCCGUCUCUCCGAACGCGGCCUCCUUGAACGCGACGACGUUAUCCGCUGCUUAGAAGACCGCGCCCGAGCCUUCCAGGGCUGGCGCCCACAUCUGUACAUCGAGCGCAUGUGGGCGCAGCGCUACAACGUCUCAGGCCAUUAUCGCCACCAUUUCGACUGGACGGGAUCGUUCGCACAAGGCGGAGAUCGCAUCAGCACAUUCAUGGUAUAUCUCGACGCAGACUGCGAGGGUGGUGGCACCAAUUUCCCGCGUCUGCGCAUGCCGCCGGGGAAGGAGUGGUGUCGAUUCUUGGAGUGCGACGAUGACCAAGGGAACAAGUUUGCCCCUGGCGAGCGCAAGGAGGGCAUCACGUUUAAGCCUAUUAAGGGCAAUGCGGUCUUUUGGCAGAAUCUACGCCCUGAUGGCUCUGGGUACCCGGAGACAUGGCAUGCCUCGUACCCAGUUACGGCUGGGACUAAGGUAGGAUUGAAUAUUUGGAGUUGGUACCAGCCGCCGAAGCGAGAUGAGCUCAGGGGUUAA